AUGGUUAAGAAGGCCACCAAUUGGAAGCUGUGGGGGAAGAUGUUCCUGGGAGGAGCGGCCAUCUGCGUCGGCGGACCGGCUUUCACCAUGUGGGUGACUCCAACCGAGGAAGAGCUGUUCAAGCGAUACAACCCCGAGUUGCAGAAGAGGAGUCUGGAGAAUCGCGAGAAAACACAGGCCGAAUUCGACCAGUUCGUGACGAAGCUGAAGGAAUAUUCCAAGUCGGACAGGCCAAUUUGGACGGUGCGCGAUGAGGACCUCGAGAGACAACGGAUAGCUCAACUUGCGACGAAGAAGCAGAAGGACAACGACCUCAAGGCUCAGCAAGAGGCGAUGAGGAAAGAGUCAGGAUUGUCGGAUAAUCUUGGCACGCACAAAACGUCCAUCUUCACAUUGACCAUCACCAAAGCUCAAGCGGCUCAGCCUUACGACAUAAUACGGGACAUACGAACGACUUACGGCUUCCCUAAACCCGCCCGAUUUCCUUCUACCUUACUACAUCCCCCCACUCCCGCCAAAUCACCACCACCUUCCCUCCAAAAACUGUCGAUAUCUGCCGCAACCAUGUCGGACGUCCAGGAACGCCUCAAGAAGCUCGGUGCCUCCGCGCGUAUCGGUACCGGCAAGGGCACCCCCCGCAGAAAGGUCAAGCGCGCGCCCGCUCGCUCCGCCGCCGACGACAAGAAGCUCCAGGCCGCCCUGAAGAAGCUCAACGUCCAGCCCAUCCAGGCUAUUGAGGAGGUCAACAUGUUCAAGUCUGACGGCAACGUCAUCCACUUUGCUGCCCCCAAGGUUCACGCCGCUGUCCCCGCCAACACCUUCGCCAUCUACGGCAACGGUGAGGACAAGGAGCUCACCGAGCUCGUCCCCGGUAUCCUUAACCAGCUCGGCCCCGACUCUCUCGCUUCCCUGCGCAAGCUCGCCGAGAGCUACCAGAACAUGCAGAAGGAGGGCAAGGACGGUGAGGAGGACGACAUCCCCGACCUCGUCGAGGGUGAGAACUUCGAGAGCAAGGUCGAGUAA